UGGUAGCUCUGUCCUCGCUAGCGGCAGGGCGGGGCUGAAACGUACUAGGGCCCUCAGCGUCGCGCUAAAGCGCCAGGUUUCCGGCAGCAGCGGGAACGGCAACCCCAGCGGUCCUCGGGGGUCGCGACCGCGCCAGGGACUGGCCGGCUCUCAGGUCGCUGGCCUCCUCGUCAAGGCGCGCUGCAGAGCGGGCGUUUCUUAGUUUUGCGUCCGGGACGGGCGCCUCGUGUCAGGGGAGAAUAGUCGUGGCAAGUGUUUGAGGCGUGUCUCCUACCAGCCUGUGGGUGCACUGGGCGGGGCCCCGUCUGUGACCCGGCAGCUCCGCCUGUGCCUUGCUCCGCGCGGGGCCUCUGCGUGUCUGAUUGUCACGUAGUCCUUUCGAGGACCCUUCGUAGAGCUGGGACGGUGCCGGAGCGUGAAGGAGUUUGAGAAGCUGAAUCGCAUUGGGGAAGGCACCUACGGCAUUGUAUAUCGGGCCCGGGAUACCCACACGGAUGAGAUUGUCGCCCUGAAGAAAGUGCGGAUGGACAAGGAGAAGGAUGGGGUGGGGUCACUGAGCUUGGGCCAGCUGCAGAAGUGGGGUCACCAAGGCCAGCCUGGUUGCAGGGGUCCCCAUCAGCAGUCUUCGAGAGAUCACACUGCUGCUUCGCCUCCGCCACCCCAACAUUGUGGAGCUGAAGGAGGUGGUUGUGGGGAACCACCUGGAGAGGACCUGGCCAGCCUUCUGGAGAACAUGCCAACACCCUUCUCUGAGGCCCAGGUCAAGUGCAUCGUGCUGCAGGUGCUCCGGGGCCUCCAGUACCUGCACCGGAACUUCAUCAUCCACAGGGAUCUGAAGGUCUCUAACUUGCUUAUGACGGAUAAGGGCUGCGUAAAGACAGCGGAUUUUGGUUUGGCUCGGGCCUAUGGCAUCCCAGUGAAACCAAUGACUCCCAAGGUGGUCACACUCUGGUACCGAGCCCCUGAACUGUUGCUGGGAACCACCACGCAGACCACCAGCAUCGACAUGUGGGCGGUGGGCUGCAUCCUGGCUGAGCUGCUGGCCCAUAAGCCCCUUCUCCCUGGCACUUCCGAGAUCCACCAGGUGGACCUGAUCGUGCAGCUGCUGGGGACCCCCAGUGAGAACAUCUGGCCGGGCUUCUCUCAGCUGCCGCUGGCCAGCCAGUACAGCCUGCGGAAGCAGCCCUACAACAACCUGAAGCAUAAGUUCCCAUGGCUCUCGGAGGCUGGCCUGCGCCUGAUGAACCUCCUCUUCAUGUACGACCCUAAGAAAAGGGCGACAGCCGGCGACUGCCUGGAGAGCUCCUACUUCAAGGAGAAGCCCCUGCCCUGCGAGCCGGAGCUCAUGCCCACCUUCCCCCACCACCGUAACAAGCGUGCCGCCCCAGCCACGUCCUUGGGCACUGAGAGCCAGAGCCGGCGCUGCAGACCCUGACGGGUGGAGGCACUCCAGCUGAGCACGUCGCUUCCUGUGCCCCGGCCCACCUCUGCCCUGGGACAGCAGAGUGUGGACCUUGUGGGUGAUGCCAGUGGUACACUCUGAGGACCCAGCCACCCAGAGGCCGGCCCACAGGGCUGUGACGCCACAUCGUGGCUGGACUGGGUCCCACCUGUGGCCAGGCCUCAGACCCUCGGUUCCCAGGAGGAAAUCUGGCUGAGCCCGUCUCAGCGGGUGUUGCUGGCUUGGGACAAGCAGCCCUCAGACCUUGUAUGGUCACUUCUGUCCCCAGUUGAUCCCCAGGAUCUGCCUGGAAUGGAGAGGCCACGGCAACCCCCCCGUGGUGGGGCUGGCAGACUUGGAGAGGGGAGGAGGGAUGGAGAUGUGGACUGAGUCUGAGCUGCUCUGAGACCCCUAGAGUGAGAGCCUUAGGCUGUGCCCUGUGCCCACUCCCCCACUCUGAGGCCCAUGGGGAAUGGGGGUGGUCCGAGAGAUAAAUGCUUUCCUCAGA